UUCGUUUUCAUCCGGGCUUUACGACAGUGGCAGUCAUGGCGCCACCCGUAAGAUACUGCAUCCCUGGCGAACGUCUGUGUAAUUUGGAGGAGGGCAGCCCUGGCAGCGGCACCUAUACCCGGCACGGCUACAUCUUCUCGUCGCUCGCCGGCUGCCUGACGAAGAGCAGCGAGAACGGCGCGCUUCCUGUGGUAUCUGUGAUGAGAGAAACAGAGUCCCAGUUACUUCCAGAUGUGGGAACUAUUGUAACCUGUAAGGUCUCUAGCAUUAAUUCACGUUUUGCCAAAGUGCACAUCCUAUAUGUGGGUUCCACACCACUGAAGAACUCCUUCCGAGGAACUAUCCGAAAGGAAGAUGUCCGAGCAACUGAAAAAGACAAGGUUGAAAUUUAUAAGAGUUUCCGCCCAGGUGACAUUGUCUUGGCCAAAGUAAUCUCCCUAGGUGAUGCACAGUCCAACUACCUGCUGACCACUGCCGAAAAUGAGCUGGGAGUGGUCGUGGCCCACAGUGAAUCAGGUGUCCAGAUGGUUCCCAUCAGCUGGUGUGAGAUGCAGUGCCCUAAGACCCACACUAAAGAAUUCCGGAAAGUGGCCAGAGUACAACCUGAAUUUUUGCAGACCUAAGAUGCUACAUUUUACCCCAAGGAGGGGGGUAAGCUAUUUCCAAGAGUACAUGAUGAAAAUAACAUCAAGAUGUCAUGGUCUUUAUUCAGAUACCUGGGGUCAGCCAGUGACCACCUCUAGAAAACUCUGCCAGUAAUUUACUGUGGGUGGAACAUUAUUUUUGUGAACCUUUUAGUAAAUUGGAUUCUUGAGGAUAAAGCUUGUCUUUUGGAGACACCAGCAAACAAAACUGUGUAACUUUGGAAAUAGUCUGACAGUCCUUUUAAGUAUAUAUUUUUUGAUGUGACAAAGAAAACAUUUUUAUUAAAAGAAUUUUAUGGUU